AUGGGAACAGCUAAGAAGGAGGCCUCUCGACGAGAGCGCCAGGGGAAGAGUAACGAUGGGAUGGGCAAUGUGCGAACCAAGGGAGAAAAUUUUUACAGAGAUGCGAAGAAGGUGAAGACCCUUAACAUGUUUAAGGAUGGCAAAGCUCAACGAAAUGCCAGUGGAGAAAUCACAAAGGCUGCGUCGUAUCAGUCUCGAGAAAAACCAAGUGCUCGGAUAGAACCGAACAGAAAGUGGUUCGGGAACACUCGAGUCAUCUCCCAAGAGGCCCUGAGCUCGUUCCGGGAGGCUGUGGCUGAAAAGGCGGCUGAUCCGUAUCAAGUCUUGUUGAAAACGAACAAGCUCCCAAUGAGUCUCAUCCAGGACGGCCAUGCUCCCAAUGGACUAAAACAACACAAGGCUAAGAUUGCUGUUGAAAAUGCUCCAUUUAGCGACACGUUUGGACCCAAGGCCCAGAGAAAGCGGGUUAAGCUGAGUGUUGAUACUCUCGAGGGUCUUGCCGGAGAGACAGUUAAGAUGCAUGACAGCUACGUGGAUCGUCUUGAACAGGCAAAACUCCUCAGCGGCACUUCAGGAGAUGCUCAGGAUGAUGGAGCCGAUGGCGUUAGUGGAGAGCUUACCGCUGCCAGAGAACCAAUUUUCACAAAGGGUCAGAGUAAACGAAUCUGGAACGAACUUUACAAAGUUAUUGAUUCGUCUGACGUCGUUAUCCAUGCUCUUGACGCCAGAGAUCCUGAGGGAACCCGAUGCAGAAGUGUUGAGAAAUACAUACAAGAUGAGGCACCACACAAACAUCUGAUCUUCGUUCUCAAUAAGUGUGACUUGGUCCCAACUAGUGUUGCUAUCAAUCCCCCCCGUAACCUUGGCUUCUUUCUGAAGUCGAGGUUGACCUGCUCUCGUUUUGAGGGCAUUGUCGCAAAGGGCAUGGCUGCUUGGGUUCGUACUUUAUCAAAGGAGUACCCAACACUCGCAUUCCAUGCAAACAUCAACAACUCAUUUGGGAAGGGUUCCUUAAUCCAACUUUUGCGUCAAUUUUCGAUUCUCCAUUCCGAUCGCAAGCAAAUAUCAGUGGGAUUUAUUGGCUACCCAAACACAGGAAAGUCAUCUAUCAUUAACACCCUUAGGAAAAAGAAGGUGUGCACUGUUGCUCCAAUCCCUGGUGAGACAAAAGUAUGGCAAUACAUCACCUUGAUGAAGCGAAUCUACCUUAUUGAUUGCCCUGGAGUUGUACCUCCAAGCAAUACUGCCACCGAGGAGGAUAUCCUUCUACGUGGCGUUGUCAGAGUUGAGAAUGUUGAGAACCCAGAACAGUACAUUCCCGCUAUUCUCAAAAAGACACAGCAACGCCACAUUGAGCGAACAUAUGAGAUCAAGGGGUUCACAGAUGCCACGGAAUUCCUGAGCAUAUUAGCUCGGAAGGGCGGUCGGUUACUGAAGGGUGGUGAGCCUGAUUGUAAUGGUGUUGCAAAGAUGGUCAUCAACGAUUUCCUCCGCGGGAAAUUGCCUUGGUUUACUCCACCGCCUAAAGCGGAAGAGACUGGGGAUGAGAAAAUCAAUGGCCGUGAUGGCCGCUUAGGGGAAAUGGGACUGAAGAGGAAAGCAAAUGAUGCCAAAGCUGAUGCCAAGGUUGCUGUUGAAGAUAAUGCUGAAGACGAUGCUGAUGCCGCCGAUAUUGUUGCUGAAUCAGAAGAGCCAGAGGACGGUUCGGACGGCAGUGAAAAUAGUGAAAGCGACUUUGAAGGGUUCGGGGACUUGGACAACGAGGACGGCGGUGCUCCGAUAGCCACGGAUCCCAGCAACUGA